AUGGAACUUAACCUAUCUAUCUAUCUAUCUAUCUAUCUAUCUAUCUCUUUCUAUUCAUAUCUAUCUAUCUAUCUAUCUAUCUAUCUCAUUCUAUUAUCUGUCUGUCUGAGUUUAUUCAUAUCUAUCUAUCUAUCUAUCUAUCUAUCUCGGUCUAUUCAUAUCUAUCUAUCUCGGUCUAUUCAUAUCUAUCUAUCUCGGUCUAUUCAUAUCUAUCUAUCUAUCUAUCUAUCUAUCUAUCUCAGUCUAUUCAUAUCUAUCUCAGUCUAUUCAUAUCUAUCUAUCUAUCUAUCUAUCUAUCUAUCUAUCUAUCUCGGUCUAUUCAUAUCUAUCUAUCUAUCUAUCUCGGUCUAUUCAUAUCUAUUUAUCUAUAUAUCUCAGUCUAUUCAUAUCUAUCUAUCUAUCUCAAUCUAUUCAGAUCUAUCUGUCUAUCCAUCUUUCUAUGUCAAUUCAUAUCUAUCUAUCUCUCUCUCUCUCUCUCUCUCUCUCUCUCUCUCUGGUUGCUGCUUGGAUAUCCGAACGAGAGAACACCGCCAGAUCUUUCUCUGUCUCUCUCUCUCUCUCAUUCUGUCUCUGUCUCUCUCUCUCUCUCUCUCUCUCUCUCUCUCUCUCUCUCUCUUAACUAAACACAUGCUGCCGGGCACUUACUCAACAUCUACUCUUUUAUCAGGCUAUCUUUCCAGGUAA